AUGGGGAUGCAAUUUGGAAGGACAGCAAUGAUGGCAGGAAGUGAAUAUAUGGAAAAAAAUAUCAAUCGAUAUGUUAGCUUUCCAGCACUCAAAUUUUAUUUUAAAGUAAAUAAUUCAUAUGUUGCAAAUAAAAUUAGAUUGAUCUUGUUUCCAUGGAAACAUCGUUGGAAUCGACUUGUAAAAAGAUCUGAACAAAGUGGACAGAUGGAAGGUUUUAAACCACCUAGAGAUGAUAUAAAUUCUCCAGACUUAUACAUACCAGCAAUGGCACUUGUAACAUAUGUUUUACUUACAGGAAUAGUUGCUGGAACUCAACGUAAUGAGUAA